CCGUAUUUACUCUCUGGGCGACCCCUCCCACAGCAGCGUGCAUCCCGAGCUGCAGGUGAGCAGAGCGGCUGCAGCUGCUCCUCACAGCCGGCUGGAUCUCCGCGGAGCUGGAUCACUCACACUGGACCCGGAGCUGCAUCGCUUCCGGGGAGCGCGAGUCGAUCUGCUGGUGCUGAUGAUUUGAAGAGGCAGCAGCUGCCGACGGUUAAAUAUUGGAGGCUUGAAACCCUGACAUGUGGACACCGAGUGAGAUAGUAACCUGAAAGCCUUCCUGCGGGAACACCAGGAUGCGUCCCACUGCCUCACAGCUUUUAGGGAAGACCAGUGUUAGAGGUAACCGCUGGAACCGGGCCACUGCAGCCUUGAUGCUCUCCCUGUGUCUUGGCUUUCCUCCCUCUGUGGCCAUGUGCCCACCCUACUGCCUUUGUGCCAGUGAUAUAAUUUCCUGCAGCGGGCGCAAUCUGUCCGUGCUACCCUCUGAUCUCCCAAGCUAUGCCACACGGUUGGACCUGAGCCACAAUGCCCUCACUGCCCUGCCUGUGGACUGGACUUCCAGACCGUUUGACUGGCUUGCUACACUGGUUCUUAGCCGAAACUCCAUUAGCCAAAUUGAGGUGAAUGCAUUCACCAUGACGCCCUAUCUCAUCCACCUGGACAUUUCUUCCAACCAACUAACAGUGCUGAACUCGUCCAUCUUCUCUGGGUUGAAGGAACUGAAAGAGCUGCUGCUGUUCGGCAACCAGAUCUCCAAGAUUAGGCCUGGGGCCUUCAGUGAUCUUUACAGCCUAAAGAGGCUCUACCUCUCCGGGAACCGACUGAACGCUUUCCCCUUGGGGCUUUAUUGGGAACCUGGGGGGCCUCUUAAUCUGACCUUUCUUGAUCUUUCAAACAACAUGCUCUCCAAGGUUCCCGUCCAGAGCUUGCUGUCCCUACCCAUGCAAGGUAGAAUUUAUUUGCAGGGAAAUCCUUUGGUCUGUGACUGUGCUUUACUCGCUUUGGUGGAGUACUGGAUGUGGAAACAGUAUCACCCCCUGAUAGUCUUCCGAGGUGAAUACCCAUGUAGGGACAAUUCAGGACCUGAAUGUAGCCAGCAGGUAGUUUCUGAUAAGCCAGUUGAGGAACAAAUUUACCAAGUACAUCCUGGUAAAUGGCUAAGUGUGCCAUGUCCAGGGUUGACAUUUCCAACUCAGGAGGUAUUCUGGGUUACCCCAAAGACUGUGUUGAACUCCUCAACCGAUGAUCCCAGUGCCCGCCUAAUAGUCUCCCCAAAUGGCACCCUUGAAAUCCAAGAAGCCCUGAUGGAGGAUUCUGGUGUGUAUGUGUGCGUAGCAGCUCGAGGGCGUCACUUUGGCCCCCACGAGUCUCCUGAGGUCAAUGUUGUGGUUGGAAACCAAAGUACGGCCUCCACAAGCGGGUUAAGGCACCGUAAUGGGGCAGAGCAUUUUAAUACUGCAUUCACGACCCUGGCUUCCUGCGUGGUUAGCAUCAUACUGGUGCUGCUCUACCUUUACCUCACCCCCUGUCGAUGCCAGGAAAACCGGGGCAGGGGAUCGAGAGGGUGUGGAGGACGAGCCUUCGUCCUUUGUGCAGACCCCAGAGAGGUAGAAUCAGGACAGCGGCAGUCAAAUGGAAAGAGAGUGGCUUUCCUAGAGCCUCAGUUAGAGGACUCUGAUAUUGAUGGUCCAAAAACAACAGCCAUUCAUUUGGGUCACGUUACCACUGAGGGAAUUCUCAAGAAUGGAAGUAGGACAGUGGGACAGACACUCACAGACGCUACUCUGAUGGUAUAGCACAAACACAUUCAUGUAGUGUUGUCUAAACCCUGAAUGUAUGUUGCAGAUAAGAAAAUCCAUUUGAUGUGAAGUAUUGUAAUCUUGUUCUUACAAAGUAGUUAUGUGGGGUUUGAGUGUAUGGUCUAAAGCAGAAAGUGCACUCCUUUCAAUAACAUCUCAACUGUCAGUGCUGUCUGUUUUUAAUUGGACUGAGAGGAAUAUUCUCCCCUGAUUUGAUGAGCUGCUAGAGGCAUUGAUUGUCAUUACACAGUGUAUGCUUUGUGAGCACUGCCACCACAGUGACCCUUGUUAUUUCCAACCGCCUGUCUCGUAAUGUGGAUCAUUUUCAAAACACGUCAGUAACAUAUGUGAAAUUACAUGAACUUUGAUGUUUUGCAGGUGUCUGCUUGACAUCAUCUUUGAAUUCUGUAA